AUGGCUUGGCUGACGUGGCUGGUGCUACUACCGUUAGCGCAAUUAGCGGGCGUCGCCGAAGCGAGUAACCCGCUCGCCAGUCAGGAACACGAAGCCAGAGCCCAGGCGCUAUUCAACGCAUGGUCACAAGCGUACGGCCUCGAAAAUACCUCCACCCUCCUCCCCCCUGCGCCGCUCGUCCUUCCCCCCAACGUUCCCCCUCCGCCCCACCUCGAAGACUGCUCCGCGCGCACCGCUGCGCGCCAGGUGGCGGAAGAGCGGAAGGAGGGCGGAAUCCUCCCCGCGUGGGCGCGCGGGGAGUCUGGGGAGUGCUGCGGAGGCAGCGACGGGGAUGCGGGGAACGGGGACAAGGGCGAGAGCGGGGGGAGCGGAGGAAGCGGGGGGGGCGGGGAUGAUGGGAAGGGGUGUUGUAAGUGCGGGCCCCAGCCACCCUGGGUGAGUGGGUGGGAGAAGGGUGCAUGCAUGGGUGGGUGGGAUGGGUGGGAGCUCCCUUUCCCCUGCACCCUUCCCCCUGAUCUCUUUCCCCCUGAUCUCUUUUUCCCUUGCCCCCUUCCCCCCUGCUCCCUUCCCCCUGUUCUCAUCCCUCCCUCCCUCCCUCAUCCCUCCCUCCUUAUCCAGAUACGAGGCUCCGAUGCGGCCAAUCUCGCGAUGACACGUGGCGCGCAGCGCGACAUCUGGCAGCACCAGUUCCCCGCCAGCUGUGCCGGGCGGCGGCUGAUGCUGUCGCGCUGGCCGGGGUUGCACCACGGCAUGGGCAGCAUGGUGCAUGUGGUGGGGGCGUAUCUCAGCAUUGCCAUGCGCAGUAAUCGCACUCUCGUGCUCAUGCCAGGGACCUUUGAGCGAGCCGGGCGCGAGUGUGAAGACCUGCACCAGGCGCAGCAGUGGGAGUGCUACUUCUUCCCCAUCGCCUCCCCUGCGUGUGUGCAAGAGGCCAUGGCAGCACAUGAGAAAGGGGAAGCACCGGAUAUCCGUGGGGAUGAUGUGAGAGAGAGCAUGCUGGCUGGCCACACGCAGGUGGUGUACCUCGCACUCUCAUCCCUCUAUGGAGACGUCGAUGCUGCCAAAUCGAGAUGGGGCAAGCCAUGGCUGGAUCGGCCUCACACCAUUCAACAGCAAAACUCCAUCUCGAGCAUGUACCCAGACUGGAUGAUGGCCCGGUGGUGGCGGGCUCAAGCCGCCCGUUACUUGCUCCGCUGGCCGUCCGCUCAUCUCUGCCACGUCAUCAACCGCGUCCGCCACGUCAGCUACGGCCGCCUCAUGGCCGAUCGCAUGGCGGCUGUCGCUGCCCAGCAGGCGAGCAUCAUCGAAUCGGUGAACACCAUCUCGGGUGCCAGCUCAGCAGCCACGUCAGGUGCCAGCACAGCGGGCAACUCAGCAGCCACGUCAGCUACCAGCUCAGCAGCAGAAAGAGGAGAUCCGCUGGAUGACCUGCUGCUGCUGAUUGCUGCCAAGGCGAGGGCAGCCGAGAGGGAAAUCCCUGCAGCCAAUGGCAGCGCGACACGUGUAUGGUCGUUGCAAUCAAAUAUCUGGCCUAUGAAAGGGGUUACAGGCUGCUCAGGCAUGGAAAGUGGGCAGAUGAGGGAGGGGGGAAGUGCGGACUCAGGGGUGGGGAGAGAGGUGCAGAUGGUGCGGCCAGUGGUGAGCAUGCAUGUGCGGCUGAGUGACAAAGGGUCUGAAAUGGAGCUUCACCCGCUGCCGGCGUUCAUGCUUGUUGCUUCAAGGUUAAGAGCGCACCAGCCAGAUCUGAAGCACGUUUGGCUGAGCACAGAAGUGCAGUCUGUAAUUGACGAGACAAGCGAUUAUCCCGGCUGGACGUUUUUCUACACCAACGCCUCCAGAGUGCAGAGUGCGCAGCAAAUGAAAGAUGAGCAGGAACAUGCCCAGCAACCAAUAGCGAACAUUUUUGCCAAUUUGCUCAUUACUGCAGAAUGCGAUUAUUUUAUUGGGUCAUUGGGAUCGAAUUGGAACAGGCUUAUAGAUGAACUGCGCAGUACAAAUGGGAGGCUGUACUCGGGCCUAGUCUCUUUUACAUUCGGAAUGUAG